AUGACAGCUCCCAUGGUCCCAACAGCUUGCGCACAUCACGACCAAUCAGUAAUUUUGUUCAUGUUUACACUGCGAAAAAAAAUAAGAUUAUUACUUAAAAUAUCAGCCUCACAAAUUAGGAACUCCAGAAAUCCACAACAUUUUGAGAUGGUUGCUGAAAAGUAUUACAGACUCCUCCUAGUAUUCCUAGGCUUCAUCACAAUGCUUGUACCAGUUGCACAAGGGGAUCAACCAAAUCCUAAACCCAAGAAAAAUACACCUUACUGCCAAAACGUUCAGGGCGUGAAAAAUCCACCGUGUAGUGUUAAGGGUGGUACACUGAAAUGUCCAGGCUCGGGACUGGUACCGAAGUGUUCCAAAGGGAAACUGCUCAAAUGUCCUAGCAGUCAUAAUACCCCUAUAUGCUAUUGA